AUGUCAGGCCAUCAUCCACCGCUGCAUUCCUUACUUAUACGGGGUAUUCCUCCCACCCUUAACCUGAUGUCUCCGGGUUUAUGUAACAAGACUCCAGGUUCAGGUUGGAGGACCUUGAUCGAACAGUGUAAGACAGCUAGAAAUCUGGGGUAUAUCAUCGAUGAAGGGGCCCCUGGCUUUUCCCCUAGGGUUGCGGCCAGGGGAUCUAGUCGGAUCGUCAGAGGCGUCGGCAUUGUUUAUAAAUUCGAUACCGGUGCCUCUGCGAUUAUUUCGUCAAUGUGCCGGCUCACGGGUACGAGAGACGGUAUAUACAGGAUCGUAAUGACCCUCACACCCAGUCUCUUUUAUCUCGACCAACUCCCCCAUACCUUUAAUUCCAUCGAAGAGUUUAAUGAUCCUGCUCUAGUCAGGCCACUUGUAACAAAAUCCAUAUCCAGAAUAAGACCCGGAAGCGGGAUUUGGGGUCAUGAAGGAAUGCUUCUCGCCCAGAAGGAUUCAGAUUGCCAUUAA